AUGGGGUUCAUUUCGGGAGUCGUAAUGGGGAUGAUCGUCGGCAUCGCCCUGAUCGCCGGCUGGUCGCGAGCCAUGGCUCGCCGCGCCGCCAAACGCAGUGUCAAGGCCGCUGAUAUCAAUUCACUUGGAUCUCUCCACCGCGAUGAUUUGAAGAAAAUAUGCGGAGAAAAUCUCCCUGAAUGGAUAUCAUUCCCAGAAUAUGAACAGGUUAAAUGGCUUAACAAACAGUUGAGCAAGCUUUGGCCCUUUGUUGAAGAGGCAGCAACUAUGGUCAUCAGAGAUUCUGUCGAGCCGCUGCUUGACGAUUAUCGACCGCCAGGGAUAUCCUCACUGAAGUUCAGCAGACUGUCACUAGGGACUGUUCCGCCGAAAAUUGAAGGCAUUCGGAUCCAGAGCUUCAAGAAAGGGCAAAUUACAAUGGACAUCGACUUCCGGUGGGGUGGGGAUCCCAAUAUUAUUCUCGCAGUUGAAACACUUGUUGCUUCACUUCCCAUUCAGUUUAAGAACCUUCAGGUCUACACCAUUAUCCGUGUUGUCUUCCAAUUGUCAGAAGAGAUACCAUGCAUCUCUGCUGCUGUUGUUGCUCUUCUGGCAGAGCCAAAACCAAGAAUCGACUACAUACUGAAGGCGGUCGGAGGAAGCCUGACUGCGAUGCCUGGACUUUCAGACAUGAUUGACGAUACAGUGGCAUCACUGAUCACUGACAUGCUCCAAUGGCCACACAGAAUCGUUGUUCCUCUGGGCGGAGUCGACAUCGACAUAAGUGAUCUCGAGCUGAUGCCGCAAGGGAAACUCACCGUCACCGUGGCGCGCGCGGAUUCUCUCAAGAACAAGGAGCUCAUCGGCAAAUCCGACCCGUACGUGGUCCUGUUCAUACGCCCAAUGUUCAAGGAGAAGACCAGGGUCAUCGACGACAACCUGAACCCGGAAUGGAACGAGACGUUCGAGCUGAUCGCCGAGGACAAGGAGACGCAGUCUCUCGUUCUUGAGGUGUUUGACGAGGACAAGCUGAAGCAAGACAAGCGGCUGGGCAUCGCUAAGCUGCCUCUGAGCGACCUGGAGAUGGAGACGGUGCAGGAGGUGAACCUGCAGCUGCUGUCGUCCCUGGACACGACCAAGGUCAAGGACAAGAAGGACAGGGGCGUGCUCACCAUCAAGGAAAGAUCAAUCGAUCUCCACCCCGCUGUGCUCUACCACCCGUUCACCAAGGCGGAGGCCCUGGAGGCGCUGGAGCUGGAGAAGCGGGCCGUGGAGGCGCGGCGGAAGGGGAAGGGCGAGACGGCGGCCGUCAGCGGCGCUGCGGACGCUGCCAGUGGGAUGGCGUCCACGGUCACCAACGUGGCCGGCACGGGCGUCGCGGCGGCCGGCACCGCGGCCGGCACGGGCAUCAGCGCGGCCGGCUCGGGCGUGGGACUGGUGGGCACGGGCAUCGGCGCCGUGGGCUCCGGCAUCGGCGCGUUCGGCAGUGGCCUCAGCAAGGCCGGCAAGUUCGUCGGCCGGACCGUGACGGGGCAGUUCAGCAGCGCCAGGCGCAGCGCCAGCAGCGUGCCGACCGUCGACGAGUAA